AGUCUGAGUAAUGUUAACCCCAUUGGUUGUAUUGAGAAGUGUUAGCAAUCGAAGGUAGCAUCGACAACACUAAAUAAAUAACUCGGGAUUUCAAAAAGAAUUUUUCGACCAGAAUAUCUUCUGCUGGACUAUGGAUCUAAACAUGAACGAGAGAAAGAGUGGUCUUCAUGGUAGAAGCAGUACAUCUGUAAAUUCAACAGGAAAUAAGUCUUUCAAACGUCUUUUUGCACGAUUUGCAGAGAAGACUUCCAUGCAAGGUGUAUUCUACAUAUACAGUGCUAAAAAUAGGGGACAAAAGAUCUUCUGGAUAUGUCUUCUCAUCGCUUGUACUGUUGGGAUGGGCUCACACUUGUACUAUCUUAUAAAUCAGUUCACGAAGUACCCUGUGAAUACCAAAAUUGAAUUAGGAUUUAGUAACCUCAAGUUUCCUGCCGUGACAAUUUGUAACGUGAAUCCAAUUCGUAGGAGUAAACUGUAUAUAGCCUCACAAGAACUCCAAGACAUGGUCGAGCAUUUGACACAGGUUGGCUACGGUGAUUACGUUGAUGCCCAUUAUGACAUAUAUGAUAUUGAUUAUGACUUUGGAGAAAUAGUAGACGAUAGAAUUUGGAAAUUAGAAGAGUUUAGAAGGUUAUAUAAAAAAGAAAAAAGGGAAACCAAAAUAGAACUGGGACAUCAAAUAGAAGACAUGCUGAUAUCAUGUACUGUUGGAAAAUUUAAAUGUUUUGCAAGUAACUUCACGGUACUACCGCAUCACAUUUAUGGGAAUUGUUUCACACUUCAAACAGGAGAUAUGAAGAUUACUAAAGCAGGACCAUCAAAUGGACUUUCGUUAAUUCUAUACAUGGACAGAAAUGAAUAUCUCAAACAGAUCAGUGAAGGGUUCGGGGCGCGAGUUCAGGUCCAUGACAUUGGUACCUUCCCAUUUCCAGACGAGGAAGGUAUUUUUGUACCAUCAGCAAGUGAAACACAGAUAGGCUUACGCAUGGUUACCAUUGAAAGACUAGGUGGACUAUACGGAAAUUGUAGUGGAGAUCGUAAUUAUUCAAGAAUAUAUGGAUAUAAGUAUACACGAUAUUUAUGCCAGAUUUUGUGCUCAAAUGAUUGGAUCUUCCAUACAUGUGAUUGUCAUGCACCUGAUGUGAAGGAUGUAUCUCCCUUGGUAAACAAAUUUUGUACAAAUAAAUCAGAAAAGGAAUGUAUGCACAAAGAGCUAAUCAGACAAAAUAAAAAUAAAGGGGAUUGUAAGUGCUGGAAUCCUUGUAGUGAAAACCAAUUUUUGAAAACCAUCAGUCAUCGAAAUUGGCCAUCGGAAGACUAUCUGACUAUUUUGAUAAAUGAAAGUGUAUGCUCUAGAAUUCCACAGAAAUGCAUUGAUGCUACAUUACUAUAUAUGGGGAAAGACCUCUCUACAAAAAGUUUGGACUACGUUAAAGUUGACAUUUUUUAUGAAGAUCUGAAUUACGAGAGGAUAGUAGAAACUCCAGAAAUUGAGAAUGCACAGUUCAUGUCAGAUUUUGGUGGUGCUGUAGGCCUAUGGAUUGGAUUCUCUGUCUUAAGUUUUUUCGAACUAGUACAGCUAAUUACAGAGUGUGUUAGGAUUGCAUGUUGUCCAAAUUGUUGUAGAAAUUAACAAAGGAGGAAAAGCGGGAGGCAAAGAAGAUACAAAUCGAGUAAAGCAAGUCAUAAUAUAUAAUCCUUAACUGAUAUGGAUAAUCCAAAAUGUAUCUUUUCUUCAAUAGAAUCGGGAUUGUAUCUACCGUUUAGUAAACGUUAUCAGGACCCGUGUGGGAGGAAAUACGAACAAAUAUAAUAACGUGCACAAUAGAGUAUGAACUUCUAAAAAAUCUAGAGAUAUUUUGAAAUGAGUCGUGAAAACAUAAGACAAUCAUCCAAGUGUAUUUCUCCAUUUGUCCGUCUCUUAUAUUUUUGUUUGUUUUGAUUAUGAUCCCGCUAUGCUGUCUGCUGGGCAUUUUGUAUUGCCCAUGUCUGUCAUUUCGUCAUUUUGUCAUCCAAACAUCUAACUGUUGUCGGACUUUUUUUGUUAAAUUACAUGCAGACAAUGAGCUGACAUUUUGUUUAUUAGUACAUGUAUAUAAUGUUGAGAAACAAAUUAUUAUUUUGUAACUAUGUAUAUGUCUUACAAUAUGUUCCAUAUUUAUUUACUCAUUUCAAGUAACUAUAUAAAAUGAUAAAUAUGUUUCAUGAACAGCUCUUUUUGUAUUGAUUGGAAAGAGAGAUCAUUAUAAUUGUGAAUUGAAUUGUAUGAUAAUUUACAACUUGUAAAUAACUAAAUGAAUUUGAGCAAUAUAACAAGUGUUCACAUA